GACGAGUGCGCACGAAGCCACAAGUUAUGGCGCUACAGUGAGACAAUGUCUGCUAAUGUGCUCCGAUGGUGUGGAUUGAUAAUGCACCUAAAUGUAGGACCUGUAAUAUAUGCAUCUCCAUGACAUAGGAAGGUUUCUAUCUUCCCCGACAUGCUUUUUUGUUUUGGCCUGUUUGCUCUCUUGUUAUAUAAUACAGUUGUAGCUAACGCAGUCUGCAGCUUUACUUACUCCAAGAAGGAAAGGAUUGACGUGGUAUCUCUAGACUACCAGAAGAAAGGUUAUGACAAAUGUGAAUACCUGAUCAAGGCCCCUCCUGACAGCAACAUUAUAGCCCUCAACUUCACUGAUCUAGUGGGAUUCCAGUCCUCCCUUGGUACAGUGCCAGACCCUCGGGCCAGUCACGUAGGAUCUGGGCCAGAGGAACUGCCCCCCUGUUUACCCCCAGAGCUGACCAUUAGUGAUGAAACCGAAGGGCACCAUGGUGUAGUCAGCAGCAAGAUUUGCAAAUCUCAAAAUUACCAAACCCCUCAUGUCUUUCAUUUCAAAUCCAAUGUGUUGAAGAUCAUAUAUGUAUGGGUAGAAGAUGAGAAGAGUAGCUUCACCUUGGAUAUAAAUUUUCAACAGAGCUUCAAUAACUGUGUUUUUACUUGUGAUGGUACUCACUGUUUGGAGAACAAGAGCUUGAUUUGUGAUCAAGUAUACCACUGUCGGGACAGAUCAGAUGAGCAUAACUGCCCCCAGUCCUCCAUAGGCACAGUUCCCACAACAGUAGCCCGAGUUGUGAUCAUCAUUGUGACAAUAACUUUAAUGCCGGUAUUGGCCAUUUUGAUUUGUGUAGCCAGUCCAUGUAAAUCGACUCGUCGCAUGUUGCGCCGGUGGACAAAUCGUGACCGAGGGGAUGUGGAAAAUCGACAGUUGAGGCCCCAAUCCCAUGUCUCUGAGUCUGGAUUUGGAGGAGCAGCAACGUCCACAUCUUGUGUAUCGGCCAGUCAAGAAAUCUCAGAUCCACAAGAGGCCCUCCUUCAGAAGCGGAGAAUUCUGAAACAUUCAAUGCAAACUGACAUGACUAUAAGCUUACCACCACAAAUCCCCAUCUCCCAGGACGGAGAGGAAGGUUACAGACAGAGUCAGCAGACGUUAAAACAUCUGCGUAAAUCGGAUGGCUACCAACAUUGCUUUAGACCCCCACCCAACAAGACUGUGCAUGAUAAAGAGAGCCCUCCCCCUUAUUACUCUCAUUCAGCCUCUGCCAUAGAUAAAGUGGGUCACUCGCCGCUAAAAGUCGGAGGAAGUCCUGACGGUCGAGUGACCUCCAGCGACAUGUUGUCUCGCUCGUACAGUAUGGGCGCAUUAAACACUGCUGGGUUUUUGUGUUGUGUUUUUGGAACAAUUUUGUCUCAACAGAUUGAAACAGAUUGGGUUUCUCUUCAAGAAUCAAAAAUCUACAAUCGACAUGCAUGUUUUAAGAAGAUGUUUCCUGAGGAAAUUCGCGUUGGAACAAAACCUCGUCCACAUGAGUAUAUGGACAUGACUACCCUCCCUAAAAGCUGGGACUGGAGAAACAUCAAUGGAACAAACUACUGUAGUACCACAAGGAACCAACACAUUCCUCAGUACUGUGGAUCUUGCUGGGGAAUGGGCUCCACCAGUGCUUUAGCCGACAGAAUCAACAUCAAGCGUAAAGGUGCCUGGCCGUCAGCAUACCUGUCAGUGCAGCACGUGAUAGACUGUGGGGGAGCAGGAAGUUGUGAGGGAGGGGACGACGUGGGCGUGUGGAAGUACGCCCACUCACACGGCAUACCAGACGAAACCUGCAACAACUAUCAGGCAAAGGAUCAAAAAUGUGAUACGUUUAACCAGUGUGGAACCUGUGUAACAUUUGGAAAAUGUUUCCAGCUGAAUAACUACACCCUAUGGAAGGUCUCAGACUACGGAACAGUAAAAGGUCGAGAUAAAAUGAUGGCUGAAAUUUAUAAAAAUGGUCCAAUCAGUUGUGGAAUUGAUGCUACUGAUAAACUAGAAGCAUACACUGGUGGAAUAUAUACAGAAAAGAAAUUUAUGCCGAUGGUAAACCACAUUGUAUCAGUAGCAGGCUGGGGAUUUGAUCCAGCCACAAAAACAGAAUACUGGAUCGUAAGGAACUCCUGGGGAGACCCCUGGGGUGAACAUGGCUGGUUGAGGAUUGUGACCAGUGCCUAUGAUGGAGGGAAAGGGAACGACUAUAACCUGGCUAUAGAGUCCAGGUGUGCUUACGGAGACCCCAUCAUUCCACCUGGUUACUAAGGAGACAUGUCUCUGAUUGGUCAACUACAUGCAUGAAAUUCUCAUCACUCUAUGCAAAUUAUUUCUUCCCAUCAAUUUAUCAUUUUGUAUUCAAGAAACUUGAAAUCAGCUGAAAGUAAAGACAAAUAUUUAAAAUUACUCUGCACAGGGUUAUUUUUACUUUUUUACGCUUUUUGACACUUGCAAACAAUUUUGCCCCAUUAAAAUUCACCCAGUCACAGUUUCUUUUAAGAAAUUAUGCUGUUUCCUUUAAAUUCACUGCAUUUUAAAUUCACUGGGUGACCCACCUAUGAUGGGGCAAAAUUUAAAUGGGGGCAAAAUUUUCCCAGUAUACGGUACGUAUUGGAUUGAGGAAUGCAUCUCUUUUUGUGAAACCUGGUAAUACUUGUGUUUGUAACUGCUCCAAAGAAGUGAUUAUAUGUACUGUAUGCAAUUGCCCUCUGAUUUGCAUUUGAUUCUUAUUCUUUUUUUAUAUACAAAGUGUUGUGAUAUCAUACGUGGUAUCUAGAGUGAUCUGAUAUUAAAUACUAGAUUGUUUUGAUUGAUAUGCCAAAUGUGCAGUAAAUUAAUUUUAAUUAAACUAAAUCACAUUAUUUUAAGUUUUCCUUGUGAAUACUGUUCAGCUUAAAUUUCAUUUUAAUUAACUCUGUGUGAACAGGGCAGUACAGUUUUUUUUUAAAAGAUAUUUUGACAAAUACUCUCACAUUGUUUAAUUUAACACAAUGAAAUAAUUUUUUUUUUUAACUGCAUUGAAUAUUUUUUAUUUGCAGUUUUCUAAUAACAGCUGAAUAAUUACAUGUGUAUUUGUUACCAAGAAUGCAAGUACCGGUACUUCAUCAAUAAAGUAUAUGUUCCUAGGUUCAAUAUUUCUUUAUUAUCUAUUUGAUAAAUUAUGGAAAUCUAAUAUUUGGCACUAUAAGCACCUUGUUCUAAUACCAAUGAGGAUUUUUAGAGAUAUGUUUUUUUGACCUCAUGAGUGCCAUGUUUUUAAUGAUGUUAUACAUGUAUUUCUAAUUCUAAAAGAUAUCUGGUAAUAUUCUUAAACUGUCACAAAAUCUGUACUUGAAAUUGUUUUUCAAUGUUGGUUCUUUUAAUAUUGUUUUGUACUAUUUUGACAUUAUCUUUGUGUCCUCAAGGAGAACAACCAUGUCUCAUCUUGCAGUCCUCAUUUUAUAAAAAAAAACCUUUUGCCAGCAGUAUAAAUACAUAUAUAUUUUAAUUUAAUACCAUUUCAUAAUUAAAAACAAAUCAAAUAUGUAAGAA